AUGGCAGAACCAGUGCUUGAUUCAGUCCAUGUAAACGGGGAACAUGUCACAAAAAUGGUGUCUGAUUCACUACCUGCUAAUGGUGGUCACGGCAAAUACAGCUACUCUAAAAAUUCUUACUAUCAGAGAUCAUUAGCAAAUACUGAAAAGAACAAAAUUGAUGAGGAAAUUUCUCAGAAGCUUGAUAUAUCAAAAUUUUGUUCUACUUCCAACAUAAUUCGUAUUGCAGAUUUGGGAUGUGCAGCUGGACCUAAUACAUUUGUUUCUGUGCAAAAUCUAAUUGAAGCUAUAGUUGAGAAGUACCACUUCCUAUGCCCUACUUCUCCAUUGCCUGAAUUCCAAGUGUUUUUUAAUGACCAAGACACGAAUGACUUCAACAGUCUCUUCAUUACUCUCCCACCAGAUAGGAAAUACUUCGCUGCCGGAGUGGCAGGUUCCUUUCAUUACCGAUUGUUCCCCGAGUCCUCUCUCCAUGUUGUGCAUACCUGUUAUUCACUCCAUUGGCUCUCUAUGCUGCCUAAAGAGUUGAAUGACAAGAACUCUCCCGCAUGGAACAAGGGGAGAAUUCACUACACUAGUGCCCCUGAAGAAGUAUAUAAGGCAUAUUCAACUCAAUUUGCUAAGGACUUUGAGAAUUUUUUGAAUGCUAGAGCAAAAGAGCUUGUGCCCGGAGGGAUUAUGGUAAUAUUAAUGUCUGGUAUUUCUGAAGGGUUUCCUUAUUCUGAGAUCCCAACUGGUAUGAUGUACGAUUUGCUUGCAUCUAGCCUCAUGGAUAUGGCAAGAGAGGGUCUUAUUACUGAAGAUCGCGUGGAUUCUUUCAACUUGCCUUUUUAUGCUGCCUCCCCGGAUGAGAUGGCAGAGCUGGUAGAGCAAAACGGGUAUUUUAGCAUAGAGAGGAUGGAGUUAACGAACCCAGUUCCAUCAUUGGAAGGUCCGAUUGAUAUCCGAGCAUGGAUUAUGCAUUUAAGGGCUGCGACGGAAGGAGUUUUCAUCAAACACUUCGGAAGGGAGGCUAUUGAUGAAAUAUUCGAACGAUUGAUCAAAAAACUUUCAAACUAUUCUGAGCUAUUGAAUUCGAGAACCAACGUCAAAGUUCAAUUAUUCGCUGUGUUGAAGCGUAAAUGA